GAACAGGAAGUAAACAUCAGCUGACUCGCCUUCGUGUUGUUUUGAGUAGUUUUGUGUGACAAGUUGUUUAGUCUCUUUAAAAACACAUUACAAGUUAAUUUGUCUUCGCUGCCUGUUCGUCCAAGUGAAGCUAUGUUACGACCCAAGGCGCUGACGCAGGUUCUGAGUCAGGCGAACACUAACGGAGUCCAGAGCACCCUCCUGCUGAACAACGAAGGUUCCCUCCUGGCCUACUCUGGGUAUGGGGACACUGACGCACGAGUGACAGCUGCCAUCGCAAGCAACAUCUGGGCUGCGUACGACAAGAACGGCCACCAAGCCUUCAAUGAAGACAAACUCAAAUUCAUACUCAUGGAUUGCAUGGAGGGACGAGUGGCCAUCACUCACGUAGCCAACCUGCUGCUGUGCAUGUACGCCAAGGAGACAGUGGGCUUCGGAAUGCUUAAAGCCAAGGCGGAAGCGCUGGUGCAGUACCUGGAGGAACCACUGACUCAAGUGGCUGCAUCAUAGUGAAGAAAUGUGCAUUACUUCCUUCUGCCUGGAAAAGAAAGCAUCAUGUGAUGUGACAUUCAUGGACUUCUGUAACACAAAGUGCUUAGUGCAUAUAUAUAUAAGUGAGUGAGUGAGUGAGUGAACAUACGUGUGCGUGUGUGUGUGUGUGCGUGCGUGUGUGUGCGUGCGUGCGUGUGUGUGCGUGCGUGCGUGCGUGCGUGCGUGUGUGCGCGUGCGCGUGCGCGUGCGUGUGUGUGUGUGUGUGAGACGUGUGUUGAGGGGGAUAUUCAGUGUAUUUAUAAUCAUGGUAUUGAUGCAUCUAACAGCUUGUGUGAGGUUUUUAACUGUUUGUCUUCACUUAGUUUUGUCGUCUCUUAAAUUCCUCUCAGUUUGUCAAUAGGACUUUUGUGUGGAUGACUGCUGAAAUGAUUCCGCUAUCAGCUGCUUUCACUGUUUAUAGGCUUUUUCACUGUUAUACAAAAAAGUGGCCUAACAGACACAUUGUGAGCUGUAUGGAAAGUUCGUUGUACACGUCCGCAGCAAAUCUUAAACCUGUCAAAUAAAAAAAUAUUGCAUUAAUA